AUGUACCCUGAAAUUACAUCGAGUCAUCCGCCUGAAACAUCUGAGCAAAAAAAUACUCGAACAGUCUUCGUCGGAAAUGUACAUAUCGAGUGUGUUAGGAAUAAAUCAGCCUCUCGUGCCCUAUCGGAACAUCUUUUGAAUCCAUUGAAAGAAGAGACUGGAUUAGGGACGCAGGCUCGGAUUGAAUCGAUCCGCUUUCGUGGAAUUCCUCUAGCGACGCCCAUACGAAGCGAACCUCCGAAAAGCGAUCAUGGGACCAAGCGCUCGAAGAGCUGGCAAGAAGCCCAAGCUAGCUCGCGGCCAUCUUUCGAUGAUGCCAUGGGCGGGAGUGCUGGUCGUCGAGGGGCCAAGCCACUGGAGCCGACCGAAACAACUGCGCCACCGGUCAAGCUACUGACGGAUGCUCAGAAGCGAAAGAUCGGCUACGUGACUGGCAACAUUCAUCCUGAGGCCAAGUCAUGUCUGGCAUACGUUGUCAUUGCUCCUCCUCCUACCAGCUCGCAAGGAUCAGACGAUUUGUCAGCCAUCGAAUUGGCUAAACUGAUAGCCACCAAAAGCGAUGGGACAACGUUCAUGGACCGAGUUCUUCGCUGCGACAUCGCCUCUCAACCGCCCUCCAAGAAUUCUACUAAACCGGGCCAUUCAAUCGAUUACAAAGAACAACGUCGAACGUUGUUUAUCGGCGGUUUGGAUUUCGCUGAAGAGGAAGACUCGAUUCGGAAAGCAGUCGAGAAUCGACUCUUGGAAGAGAAAAAGGGAUCACCAGAUGGGGCAACUACUUGGGUCGAAAGAGUACGCGUGGUCAGGGAUAAAGCUACUUCGCUUACCAAAGGCUUUGCAUAUGUUUUAUUGAGAACACAAGAUGCAGUGGAAGAAAUGCUAGCUUUACCUGAAGGUAGCUUCACGAUUGGUAAGCGAAAAGUGCGGCUUCAAAAGUAUCUAUCGAGCGGACAGUCAUCGGCAUUGAAGAGGACAAGAGAGCCAGCGACAGCAAACCGCUCGGAUAAAAGGGGGAAAGCAAACCCUACCAAUCAGAGUACCUCAUCGUCUGGUGCUAAAAAUUCACACAACAGACCGCGGAUCGACUUGAGCAAAGAGAUCGAGACGAGUUAUAAAGGCCCAGAUCAAUCUCAAGAACUCGCCAAUCUAGACAAGGACGAACGUAAACGGAUCAAAUCUGCGAAUCAGUUACGAGUCGAAAGGAGGCUGCUCAAAAAACAAAAUAAGUUGAAGAUUAAAAUCCUAAGUUCUCAAAAAUCUAAAAAACAAGAGCUUCAGGCUACUCUAAAACCUUUCAAAUCCGCUCUCAAUAAACUCGGACAUAAGGACAAAAAUAAGUCAACUAAAACUUCCCAGAAAGCUCGUUCAAGCAAGCCUAAGGCGGGCUCAAAUAAAGCAAAAUCUUAG